GGACCUGUCAAGACCCUUGCAAACAGGUACCUAACCUAAUCCCGUCCACGAACUGCAAGGCUACGAAGGUGAAGCAGCAUGUGAAAAGUGAACAGUAAAAAAGUAAAAAGUAUCACAUGUAACCAAAACGUUAAAUUGAAAUGUCCCUUUAACAAUUGUUUUGCGGUUUCAUGUGUGUCCCUCGACACGUAUACAGCCAACACUUUUUUAUUAUUAACACAAACCAACAUCUUUCCUCGAGCUACAAAAUAUGAACCACCCGCCGAUAUGAAUCUACUGCUUUCCGACGACUACCUGCUCCAGGACUAUCCUGAGAACAUUACGAAUACGAUCCGGUCCGGUCAUACGACAUGUCUUCGCUUCAAUCGCAGAGGCGACUAUUUGGCCUCGGGUCGCGUCGAUGGCACCGUAGUCGUUUGGGAUCUCGAGACGAUGGGCGUGGCACGGAAGUUAAGAGGUCAUAGAGCGGCAAUUACUUCCCUUAGUUGGUCCAGAUGUGGGCGCUAUUUGCUCUCGGCUUGCCAAGGUUGGAGAGCUGUUCUUUGGGAUCUUCAAGAUGGUACGAGAUAUCGAGAGGUUCGGUUUCGAGCACCCAUCUACACGGCAGAUUUACACCCUUGGAAUCACAACCUAUUCGUUGCGUCCGUAUUCGACGAGGCCCCCUGUAUCGUUGACGUGACUAGCCCGAGCGAUGUCAAACACACACUCCCCUCGGCGCCGAAACGAACUAAUACCGAUGCCGAUGCAGCAACAAAGGAGAAACAGGCUAAAGAGGACGCGAAACAGAUGACGACCGUUACUGUGUGGACAGCCUCGGGUGACCAUAUUCUAGCGGGUACAAACAAGGGUCGUCUCAACAUCAUAGACGCGACUACCCGCGAAAUAAUAUGGUCAGAAAAGAUAUGCAGUUCGGUAGUGACUACACUACGGCUGACAGGAUCCGGCCGCGAAUUACUCGUAAAUUCGCAGGACCGCAUUAUCAGGACCUUCCAUGUGCCAAAUCUGGUAGCAGAGGACCUUGAUCCCGAUACAAUACAGAUGCCAUUGGAGCAUAAGUUCCAAGAUGUUGUUAACAGACUUUCUUGGAAUCAUGUCACAUUCAGUGCUACCGGAGAAUAUGUGGCGGCAUCUACGUAUAACAAUCACGAACUAUAUAUAUGGGAGCGAAAUCACGGUAGCUUAGUGCGAAUGCUAGAGGGGCCGAAGGAGGAACAAGGGGUAAUCGAGUGGCAUCCGCACAGAGCCCUACUAGCAGCCUGUGGACUCGAAACCGGCCGUAUCUAUAUCUGGUCGGUAACUACCCCGCAGCGCUGGUCGGCCCUUGCACCGGAUUUCGUCGAGGUCGAGGAGAACGUGGAGUACAUAGAGAGGGAGGACGAAUUCGAUAUCCAUCCGCAAGAGGAAAUCAAUAAGCGCAGGCUAGACAGGGAGGACGAGGAUAUUGACGUGUUGACUUCAGACCCGAGCAAGGGGUACCACGACGAUGUAGAGGGUGAGGAAUUUCGGAUGCCUGUGCUGUUUAACCUUGGCGAGAGCGAUAGCGAGGAAGAGUUCGUGGCGGUAUCAACGGGGACGGUACGACGAAGAAGCUUGGGCGAAGGUCACGAAGGUGAAGCUCCGGACGAAGAGAAAGCAGCUGGAGGCAAGAAAACGGCUGCGAAAGGUACAAGGGGUAGGAAGAAAUAAGAUAAUGAAUGAUAGCUUCAAGUAACUAGGCUUCCUCAUUCAAUGAAUCUUGUAGGUUAGCAUUGACAAAUGAUAAAGCGAAUACGUUGCACUGAUCCUUGAUGGAAUGCAUGUACUUGUUGGCAGUUGUUUGACCAGCUGACUCAUCCGGCACUUGCGAUUUUUCUUGCUGGUACUGUGACACAACCAAAACUUCAACAAAAUUCUAAGUAUGGACGAAACGUACCUGAACGUUUUAAAG